AUAUGUAAUAUUACAUUUGGCCUACAAAAUUUGUUGUAUUUACAAGAAAUUUAAAUUUUUAAAAUUAUUUAAAGUUAUAUUAAAUGAAAUGUCUUCUAUAGUAUAGAAAUUAACAUACUUUUGCUUGCAACUAAAGUCAUCGAGCAGACUGCCUAUCGAUAAUGGCUUAUCGCUGCAACUGGCAUAUUUUAAAAUACAGCAUGGGGUCACACUGUCCGCCAACACUACGCGGUUGUUUCUUCCUUGUACAAAAGUAGAUGUAUUUUGCAUUUAAGUUUAAUUAGUAUUUAGAAAUAUGGCCAUUGUGCUGUGUGAAUUGGCUCGGGAGUGCUCGGAUAACGAGCAAGACUCUUUGUUUAUAUACAAUAAAAGACAAUGGCGCAUCAUGGAAUCUCUGGCGCCAAAUGCAAACGAAUUGAUUUCAAUCAUAACAAACUUUGCCAAAAUACGCACCAAAAAGCUACAGUUCAAAAUAUUGGAUUCAACGGUCGUCUUGCAGCAGAUAGCAGCAUCAACGUUUCACUCAGCAAAUCAACAUGACUUGCAGUUGGCUUCAGAGUUAUUCCCGUUAAUAUUCAUCAAUUAUGCACCCACGCUGGAGUUCCAAGUGAUGCAGGAGCAGCAUGAACAACAGCGCGAACUAAAGAGCUAUGUGACCACACAGCUCUACAAUGCACUGUACUGCAAACACCAGGAGUCGGCCGCAAACGAGGAGAAGGAGAAGCCGCCAACUGUUUCACUGCCAAGUUGUUUCAAAUCGCAGUUGCGAGGGUAUCAACAACGCACGGUCAGCUGGAUGCUCAGCCGUGAAUGCCAGCCCAAUGUAUUUCCUGCCAAUUUUACAAUAUGCCAUGCCAACGAUGGCAAGCAUAAAGUCUGGAAGCACAACUAUUGCCUGCAGUUCUAUGAAUGCGAUAAGGAGGAAGAGUUAUUGCCAAAUGUAAGAUUGCCACCAGGUGGCAUACUUGCCGACGAAAUGGGUUUAGGCAAAACCGUAGAGCUACUAGCAACGCUGCUGCUUAAUCCGAAGCAGCAUGUGGAUAACACUUAUUGGAACGUCAGCUUGGAGGAAGCAAUCGAUUCUGUGCCCCUCAAGCGUCGUUGCUUGGCACCUAAAGUACACUGCAUUUGCAUCGAACAAUCAGCGGCUAAGCUGCUGGUCAAGUGCACGCUAUGCCAGCUAUGGCAGCAUCAGCAGUGCAUCAAAGACAGCCAUAGCGACUAUGUGUGUCCCAAUUGCUGGACAGAAUUGAUGAGCAUGCCCCAGGCACAGCUAGUGGAAUCACGUGCUACCAUCAUAGUGUCACCCAGUGAGAUUAAGACACAGUGGCAUCAAGAGAUUAGUAAGCAUGUGGACGGCACACUCAAGGUGCUGCUGUAUCCCGGUUUGCAUGCGGGUGUCUGGUACAGUCCCUUGGAGCUGGCGCAGUAUGAUAUUGUGCUGACCGAUUAUCGCAUUCUGGGCCACGAGAUACACCAUACGCCGCGAAAUUCAAGCGAUCGCGAAAUGCGUUACGAGCAGCGCUAUAUGCGUCCCAGUUCUCCGCUCUUGAUGGUCAACUGGUGGCGCGUCUGCUUGGACGAAGCGCAGAUGGUGGAGAGCAGCACAUCGCAGGCGGCGGAGAUGGUCAGCCAGCUGCCUGCGGUGAAUCGUUGGGCUGUCACUGGCACGCCGAUUCAAAAGACCAUUGAUGAUUUGGCGCCGCUGCUGAAAUUCGUGGGCUUCCACGAGGCUUGUGAGCCUCAAGAUGCCUGGCACACGGUGGCAAAUUCGUUUUUGCUCAAGCACAAAGCUGAACCGCUUUUGGAGUUGCUGCAGCAUUGCAUGUGGCGCACCUGCAAAUCGAAAGUUGAGCAUGAGUUGGGCAUACCACCGCAAACUGAGCUGGUGCAUCGCCUCGCGCUGAGCAAUGUGGAAUCGUUGUACUACCGCGAGGAGCACUUCAAGUGCACUGAACUCUUUCUGGAAGCUGUUGCCAAGCACACCAAGUACAAUCCCAACACGUCCAGUUCACGUUUGGCUUCCAUUUCUCCACAACUGUUAAGCAGCAUGUUGCAGCCAUUUUUGCGCAUACGCAAAACUUGUUCGGUGCCCGUGGUGAUCAAUAAGAAUGUUGCGACCACCAAUUAUUUGAAUCCACAGGAUUUGCUGGUGCAUCUCAAGACCAACAAUGAGAUGCAGUGCAAGCGAGAGCUGCGCACUUGGGCAUCUUCGUACAACGGUCUGACGGCCAUACACUUUAUUCUCAAGCAGCAUAAAGAAGCGAUGCACAACUACAAACAGGUGCUGCAGCUAGCCAAGGACUACAACUAUGACAACAUCACCGUGGACAGCCUGCUGCAAAUUCAUGCGCUGCACAAUCUGCUGUCGGCUUCUGAAUUUGCUGCCGACGACGACAAGCUCAGCGAGGAAGAGCUCGCGGCGUAUCGCCUCAAAUUGAAUAGCUUGGAGCGCAAGUUCCUAGAAGAGAAGAUUGUUGUGCUGCUGGCAGCCGAGACAGCAUAUGAAGCAAAGCUGGAGGAACUGGAUAAGUUGCAGCAGCAAUUCUCGUCAAGCAUUGUGCAACUGUUUGCUACCGUGGUCAACACCAGCGACAAUUGGCACACAGCUGUAUGGCAUAAGAUUGGCGAGGAGUUCUUUAGGCAAAAUAUUUCCAGUGAAAAACUGCAGGACGUGAACUCAGUCACGGGAUUAAUCUAUAUACUGCACAACUGGCAUGACCGCUUGGAGAAGCAGCACAAACAAUUGCGCAAAGACUUUAAGUUUCUGAAGCGUAUACUGCUCCAAGCUUGUGGUGCUGUCAGAGAAGGUGUCGCUCUCUCCGCGGACGCCAAUCAGUUCAUCAAAGUAGUCUCUGAUUGCCACUUGGCGGAUAUUAUGGAGGACAAACCAGCUGGUGAAAAAAGACAAGAUCCUCGCAAAAAACGACAUUGUUCGUUGUGUAAAAUACAUGAGACUGUAAACAAGUUUGAGUGUCUGCUCUUUGACAAGGAGCUGGGCAAGGAGGGCACCAUAACAGAUGGCUCCGAAAACUCAAGCAUGGAAAUUAUGCUCAUCAGAGUUGUUUUUGGUUAUUUGCGUGGCAGACACGAGUUCGCGGAAUGGAAGACGGAAUGUAAAAAUAAAUUGGAGCAGCUGGACUGCAUGCAGAGCCUGGAGAAGCUACAAAUCAAAUAUUGGAUUGAGGCAGAGUACGUAAUCAAGGCCUUUGAUGAGCUGGAUAUGUGCAAAAUGCGCAUACUGCUCACAGAGAAUCCCGAAGAGCAAUCGAACUUUCGCAUUUUACCAUAUCAACUGGAAGAGCAAACCGAGUUCAAUAUGGCGAAUAUUGAGGAGGCGCAGCUCAACUUUGUGCGGCUAUCGGGUCGCCUUAAAUACCUCAAGCAUUUAAAAGACGAUGCAGGCGACAAACCUUGUCCCAUUUGCCAAACUCUGGACGAUGAUCGCUAUGUGAUGUUGUCAUGCGGUCAUUACCUGUGCCAAGAAUGUCUGGACACAAUGCGGAGUAAAUUUGGAAGGAAGACAAAAUGUCCCAUCUGCCGCCAAGAUUCACCACAAUUGUAUUAUUCUGUGAGAAAGGGCGUUAAUCGUACCAAAAUCAAUGGCGACUUCUCCACGAAAAUUGUGCAUAUUGUGGAGCAGGUGCAAAAGAUUCAAGCCGAAGACUCUGAGCAAAAGAUAUUGAUCUUCUCGCAAUGGGCAACGAUACUGAAUCAUAUCGCCAGCGCCCUGCAAAUGAAUGGCAUUAAGUAUCGCAACAAGUUCACCAAUCGUGACAUCGAUGAGUUCAAGCAACCCGAACUAAAGAUUACCUGCAUGCUGAUGCCCCUGUCGCGUGGCUCCAAAGGAUUAAACUUGAUUGAGGCGACGCAUGUGUUUCUGGUCGAGCCCAUACUUACACCUGGCGAGGAGUUGCAAGCCAUAGGACGUGUGCAUCGUUUUGGCCAGACGAAACCGACAACAGUGCAUCGCUUUAUCGUCAAUGGCACAAUCGAGGAGAAUAUUAUGACGCUUAUCAAAUCUGCCGACGACAGAUCCACAUUGUCCACGCACUGGGAUCUGGAUAACAUGACUUUGGACAGUCUGAAGGAUCUCUUUACGCUUAAACAAACAGAUUAG